AUGAGUGCGAGGGGGUACGACAGCGACGCACAGUGCAUUGUCACACCCACACACAUGGAUCGAUUCGCCGGAUCACCUGCUGCUCGAGGUUUCCGUCGGUUAGGGCUAGGUAAUUUGAUCGAACAGAGUCACGAUAUGCCGAGCUCUGGGUUUGGGGCGAACGAGAGAAACCACAUGAUCUCGGAGACCCGCGAGGCACCCCCGGGAAUGUGCUUCACACCACCAGGCAGUCUGAAUCUUCCUCUGAGCAUGCGUGGUACCGGUACCCCUUGUGCAACAGACGAAGGAACUCGGUCUCUGCCUUCACUCGGGGAAGGACGACUCGAGGAUCAUCCCGGUAACAGACCUGACUUUGCGAGAUCUCUCCCGAGCUUGCCCCUCAGUCAAGGCGGAUCAAAUCCUUCACAUCUGGAGCGAUUCCCGACCAUUGAGGUCCCAGUUGGUUUUAAUGGACAAAACCUCAUGGCUGACUGGGUCCAAUUUCUCAAGACGAAAGGUCAAAACCACAGUAUGACGUCGUCGGGGUCUUUGACCAACCAAGCAGCGGAUAUCACAGUGCCCAAAAGCCGACAGUCAAACACAUCUCCCAGAUCAUUCUCAGGAACUCGAUCGCUCCAUCUGGGCGACCUAGGGAUUUCGCACAUGCUGGCCGCCCCAUCAAUGUCGUCAGAACUUUUGUCCGGCAAUCCAUCAACAGUAGAUUUGGUGCGCGCAAAUAGAUAUGGCAUGCUACUAUCCUCAUCGAACGAGAAGAAUCGCCCUCACCAAAAGUCAGAAACGUCCGCCAAUGCCGGGUCGGGAUCUCAAAGCCAGGCUUUUCCCCAUAAACGAGACGCAUCUUCGAUCUACUCACGUCCAAGCAGUCCGUUCUCGGCAGGUGCACCCACUAAUCCUCAGUCGCCCAAGGUCCACGCGGUCAAUAUUCUCAAAAGCACGCUAGGAAGCAAAGAUAACUUAUUGGGUGAAAGUGCCAUCGUGGAGAAUAACCCGGACCAGCGAAUUGAUUUCUUGCAAAGCAAGUUCGUUGAGCGUUUUGAUUCUGCAAGCGCUGAGGCAUACCGCGUCCGCGCCGUCUCCAGUGAAGCAAGUGAACUAGGGUCCCCACGCAAAGUCAGCAUCGGCUGGAUGUCGGGGGGUCGACGUGUGGGCUAUGGUUAUACCAUGGUUUCUGGGGCUGAAGAGGGGUCAGAGCAUCCACGUUUAAAGGAUACUUCGAAUGAGAAUCAAACAUCAAACGAGAAAAUGCAGGAAGUGCCAGCCGUCGACCGGAACGAGGAAACUAAAGAUUGCCAGCUUGCAAAGCAUUCAAACAACACACUGAAACCAGCAGAAACUUCGACUGUCCAACAUGGUUCCAGCAUGACCGCUGAUGAGCCUGACUGCCAGGCACUAUCUGGAGCAGACACUCUCUCCAAGAGAAACACCGUGGCUGACAUCACUCGCGAAACCACUGUCUCAGCUUCUUUGUGGGCGAGACUGAGGAAUCGCUCCAGCAGAGAUCACGAUCACGCACUCACGACCAAUGAACCGAGCCCCCAGGUAAUACCCCCAAGCGAUCAAGGUGAUGUUCCCCCCAACGCCGGUAUCACAGGUAUCAUGACCGACACGCUCGUCAACCGAUGGUCGCGUAUGAGCCGCAAUCCAAGUAUACAGCCACGACCCCGGAAGGACAGGGAAGAUACCCACCACGGGCGCAAGACAUGGGUCCUGGGAGCUUCACGACCCGACAAGGGACAAGACACCUCGAUCUCAAUCGAGCAACCGGGGAGCCUUCAGCCCGAAGAAUGUCGUGUGACGGCGCAAGACGACAAGAACGCAUCCAAGGUGCACAACUCACCUCCCAGCGCCCCCCGAAGCAAUCGAUGGGGAUUUAUGUUCUUCAGGCACAGGCAAAGUAGGAGAAUAUCAACUGCACACCCAAAAGGUCCAUCUCAGGCCUCCUCGGGGCAGUAUCAAGACUGCACAUCGAACAGCCUGGACCGGGCCGACUCUACAAGAAGCAAUCGGGCCGAGGACUUGGCGAGCAUGUACCAGGAAUGCAUCGAGAUGCCUGGGUCGUUCGAAGGCAGCCAGUGGGCAAGCCGACUGAGUCGGGUUUUGUAG